CUCUGGUUUGCUGGGGUGCUUCUCUGGCCUCACUAAAGAACUCUACUUUAAAUCCGGCUGCAAAGGCCCGAAAACGAUUUAAAUAUUUCUUCAUCGAGAGAGUACACAAGUUGUUCGUCUUCCAUAGUGAAAUGUGUGUUAGUGGGGUCUGAUUGAGACAUCUUGUUUGAAAAUGAAAAAAAAAACGCACUUGUUUCUUGUAGAUUGGAAUCUAUGAAAGCUGUUGAUUGUGCUUGUAAAAUUGUUAUUAGAUAGAUCGUUCAUAAUAUUGAUAACAUCCGAUCAUAACAACGUGUUUGGAAAGACAAUGAAAACACAUACCAUAAUAUCUUCUGUUCACUCACGGAUGUUAUUUGUUUUCAUAUCGAAGUACUGUAUAUAAAAAUUAUGUUUGAAACGACAUAAAUAAUGGUAGCAGCGGAAGUUACAUUACCAAUACCAUGUUUUGAGUAUGUCCCGGAAGCAAGGCGGGAGUAAAUACUGCUAGUGUAAGAGUAAACAAUGUGGGAGCUGCUUAUAGCUGUGACAGUAUUAGUCACAGGGGUACCAACCUCAUAUGCAAAACAGUGUGUAGGGUUACCUGUAUGCAUAACAUAAUAAAUGCCCGAAUGAUCUCUCUAUAGAAGACAAAAACAGAGGUCUGGAGUGUAAAACAAAACCGGAAAUAGAUUCUUCGCCUGACGUCAUAGUGAUAUGCCCUUGUUGUCAUAUCCUGCUGGAUAUGGUAAUAAUGGAAACGUUUGAAGUAAAGUUAAUGCCAUGGGUGGCAACCUUUCCGCUGACUCAGAUAAUACUAGUGUACUUUGUAACUCCAGAUGACCCCUAGGGAAGGCCAACAAGAUGGUAGACAUGCAUAGCGUCACGCGCAUCACCACAAUCCCCAAACAACAAGAUACAAUUGAUAAGAUGCUUCCACCUCACAUUGUGCGUCGUGACACUGCCAGCGGAACCCACACAGAGGGUUAUAAGACGGUGUUCUUUGACAACUUGCCCUCGAGAGAGACUACUUUAAGAGGAGGCGGUGAUCUGGAAGCCAAACAGAAAUCCGUUUAUAGUGAUCAUAAAGAUGGUCCAAGGGGAGGAGAGAACCCGCUUCCGUACAACAUGGCAAGACAGAAGGAGUUGAAAACUUCUGGCGAGAAACUUAAUGAAAUUGUAUCACACGGAACUAGUGAGAAUGUUCUUAUUAACGGUGCUCUGGAUAACGACACUUGCAUCACUAAUGAGAAUAAUGAUGAAUCAAAACCUUUUGACUUACAUUCUUCAGUUAAAGAUGACAGAUUUUCCAAUAAUUGUCAUUAUCCGGGGAAAAUAAACGGCAUAGACUGUGAAAGACAGAGAAUUGGAAAAAGAAAUAGAGAAAUUGGGGGUAGUGUCAGAGAAAUUAGAUGCAGUGAAUGGAAAAUUAAAGAUAGCCUCCGAAAAAUCGGAAGCAGUGACUGGAAAGUCAGAGGUAGUGACUCAAAAACUAAAGGCAGUUACGAGAGACUCGGUGGUAGUGUCGGAAAAAUUGAAGACAGUGGCGAGAAAAUCGGAAGCUAUUUUCGAAAAAGCAAUAGCUGUGGCGGGAAAAUUGGAAGCAGUGAUGGAAAAAUCAACUGUCUCGUCACAGUCAACAAGAGCAAUAACGGUUCCAGUAAUAUCCUCCAGAAGCCCACCAGAAGCACAGAACUUCUCACUAAGGGUUAUGUAGAGAAAGAUGAUCUUGUGGCAGCAAGCCUUUCGGGUAGGAGGAACAAAUCCGUGAGCGAUGAAGAAGAGGAGGUACGCAAGAUCGGGAAAGGAACGGCCAGUAAGUUAGGGCGGGCAUUCUCCUUUAGUCCUGCUAGUAAAAAUAAACCUGCUACCCCCACCAGCACUUCCAGAGUGAAUAGGCUGUUGGAGAGGUGGUUGUUGCGGAAGAGCAACCCCAUCUUCCCCUCCUUCAGCCAGUUUAUUAAUGACUAUAUUUUCAAACCUUUAUCUCGGAAGUCGAGUGAUCCCACAACCUUAAAAACAGAGACAGAUGGGGACGAGAGGGGGAAAGGGGGAGAUGAGCUAAAAUGCAGCGGAUGUGACCUAAUGGGGAAUGAAGAGAAAGGAGAUAAAACAAAGAGAGAAUUUGAUCAUAGAAAAAUUUUUCAUAAAUUUGAGAAUAGUGAAGAGAAAGAAACAGUUAAAAAUUACUCUGAGAAAGGACAUGAGAGAGAGGAAUGGGAUGAUGAAGUAUUUAUUGAGGCAGACGAAUAUGACUGCCAAAAGCUUACGAGGAAAUAUGAUAAGGACAAUUUACAAGAUGGUGAUAACGAAGAGUACUUACUUGAGAGCGGAUGGGUCAAGAAGAGGGUCUCUCAGAUCGAGAGACAGAUUGCCACCAAGAAGCUGGAGAACACCCAGAGUACUACAAGGAAAAAAAGCAGCGACAGCAUUUUGCCUCAUAUUACGGAAGGUGACAUGGACUGGGUUAUCUCAAAGGCAACGGACACUGUUCAUUCACUGACGAUAGUUGAAGGAGAGGAGGAGAGAGUCUUGGCUGGUAACGAUAAAACUAAUGAUAAAAAGGAUGAAAUGCAAGAAGAAACGGUGGAGCUUAAAACAGCAGAAACCGAGAAUUCAGGCGACGACAGCGAUACUGACACAGAGGAAGACGAAGUGGGAGAUAUAGUGGUGUUCAGAUCCAAGUCCCAAAAUAGACCCACUUCAUUGUACCGCUCCUCUAACCGUCCUCCCUCUCUCUACCGGUACUCCGCCUUGCGCCCGAGGACCCUCAUCAUCGGUUUAGGAGUUUGUACAGAGACGCAGUUCUUCAGCGAAUCCUUCGGUGACGGCGUGAGUGAAACAGAGAGCGAAGAUGAAGAGGAGGAUGCCGCGCCCAUCACCAUCCACCCUGCCCACACCACGCCUACCACUCCCCGCCCACAGUCCCGCCCAUCAUCACCCUCUAGGAUGUCAAGAUCACAUUCUCCACUCUCUGAUAUGGACACCGAGUCCAAGAGAAACUCGCAGGCUGUGAGCACAGAGCCAUCUGACUUGGAGGAUCAUAGUUCACUGACGACAAGUGAUUUGGAAUCUUGCCAUGACCUUGCUGCACUCGAUGCCCGCAAGGAUAAAGCAUAUAGGAUUGUCCUCGAGCUCCUACAUACAGAGAGGACAUAUGUUAAGGUCUUGCAUCUGAUUGAUCAGGAGUUCCAGUUCCGGGUAGAUAACGAAAACCGAGCCCACCAUAUGUUCCCUCAAGAUGUUAUUCCACACAUGUUUUCAAAUGUUAAAUCCAUCUACAAACUUCACCACGACUUUCUUCUGCCACAACUGGAGGAACGCAUGGCUCAGUGGGAACAAAACAGAAGGAUAGGUGAUAUCAUGAAAAGCUUUGCCCCCUUCUUGAAGAUGUACACUGAGUAUGUGCGGAACUUUGAUAAUGCUAUGACACUCAUCAGCCAGUGGCAAUCAAAGUGCCCUCGCUUUGCUGCCAUCAUGGAUGAAAUUCAUUCUUUGGAGGUAUGUGGGAACCUGACUCUGCAGCAUCAUAUGCUCUCACCUGUACAACGCAUUCCCCGGUAUGAAAUGUUAUUACGAGAUUAUUUAAAAAAGCUACCCGAGGACUCGCCAGAUCGUCAUGAUACAGAGAAGGCGCUACAUUUAGUGUCAACAGCUGCAAAUCAUGCAAAUGAUGCCAUGAAGAAGAUUGAUAAAUUUGAAAAGUUACUUGAGAUUCAAGAGAGUUUAGGAGGUGCCGAAGACCUUGUCUCUCCCACGAGAGAACUGAUUAAGGAGGGCAAGAUUAUCAAAAUCUCAGCUAGGUCUGGAGAUCAUCAAGAGAGAUACAUAUUUUUGUUGACAGAUUUGCUCUUGUUGUGUUCUCCGCGACUGAUGGGAGGCCGGGUAAUGAGUGGCCCACAGUAUCGCCUUCGUGCUAAAUAUCAUGUAGAAAACCUGAUGGUGCAAGAGGGAGACAAUCUUGAAACGGCAAACACUUUCUACAUCAAGGAUAACAACAAAUCUGUGGAACUUUAUACACAGACCUUGGAGGAAAAGGAGCAGUGGCUAGAGGCAUUUAUCCGGGCAAUCCAUGAGACUUCACAGAGGAAAUCAUCUCUCAAACUACAUUUUAACCCAGAUCAGCGCAUUGUGGAUGUUGAUCUUGGUCAAAAGCAACCUAUGCUUAUUCGCUCUGACUCAGUCACUAAGUGUAUGCUAUGUAGUAGUCAAUUCACCAUGGUACGGAGGAAGCACCAUUGUCGAGCAUGUGGGGAGGUUGUGUGCAGUAAGUGCUCCGGUUUCAAAGCAUCUCUUGCAUACGAAAGUGGAAAGAGUGUAAGAGUGUGUCGGGAUUGUCACAAAAAACUGCAAGAGCUUUCUUCAUCAACUGCCACACCUUCUCCAGAGAUUGAUGAAGCUGAUGAAUGCUCCUUAUACAGUACCAAAGAACCACCUGAUUUACCUUUUAGGAAUAGAGGAGUGUUAGAGGUUUCAGCUAAAACUGGUGGGGCAGUGAUACAAGGGUUCCUUCAGCUCAAGACACAUCGUAAAACUUGGGUGAAGCGAUGGUUUGCUCUACACACGGACUUUGUUCUGUACUCAUUCAAGUGUGAAGCAGAUGACCAUGCACUAACUGCUACUCCUGUACCUGGAUUUACUGUUACACAUUUGCAAGGUACAAGAAAUGAGAGUGGCAUUAGCGAAAAGGAAAAGGAGAGAGCGUUUAAGUUGUAUCACUCCAAGAAGCAUUAUAUAUUUCAAGCAGCAUCUAAAGAAGAUUCUCAAAGAUGGGUGGCAGCUUUAAAGAAAGCAUCACAGGCAGAGUUACCAUCACCGGUUCAAUGACGAGAGCGGCAGGUGAUCGAGGCCCUUAUUACAUGUCUGUGAGAACAACCAUAAAUGCACAUACACAAACACUUAUUUACACACACUCAUUUCCGAUGUUGAAAGGGUAUAGGGCUUACAGUGUUAAUUCCUAAUUAGUAAAGUUCAGUAUUCAUAUUUUGAAAAUAUUUGAAAAUGAAGCACAGUGAUUUUUCAUUUUUAUGGUGAAAGAAAUUGAGCACUUAAAUUAUCUUUUCUUCAUUGUUUGACAUAAGGGUUGAAUUUAUAAAGUACUGUAGAUUACUUAUAUUUAUGUCUUAGCUUUUCUUGUUAUAUUUGUCAGUGGAUUGUAAAUAUAAUUUUUGCAUUAUACAAUACUCUCAUAUGUCUAUAAUUAAUUGAGUAUAAGAGCCUGAGUGCAAUUUGAUAAAAUUCUACCAAAGACAAACAAAUCUUAUCAUUAUUAAAAAAAAAACAGUUAAGUGAAAAUGUAAAGAUUUUAACCUUUUCAUUACUGCUUUUUUUUAACCCUCCUUUAGUCACUUUUAGUGCUUCCAUAACUCCAUCCUAUCAUUCAUUUUGGUCAUCUCUUGUCUCAUCUACUAUUCAUCUCAGAAUUAUACACUUUAUACAAAUAUUUUAAUUCCCAUUCUCUCAAUGUGUUCACACUCUUAAUCAGCUUUGUUCAACCCUACUUUCAAUUUUAGAUUUCUGUCUGAUUUCUAUGUUGUUUAUUCUUUACAUCCUGUUCUCCCGAUAUACUGCUGAAAAGCACAUCAGUUUUCUUGUCUCAGACUUGCUUUUCCCUUUUGCAUCCAGUCUGUGCUUUGCUCCCAUAUAUUGUAGUGAUGUCAGCUCUUCUAUGCAUCCCCAGCCUUACUUCCUCUAACACAGAUUACUCUCUGCAUACAUUUAUAUCUUGGUGUAGCUGUGAGUUUCUUUCCCUCUGCUAUUUUAUAAUUUAAUAAGUCACACUGAUUUAUUAAUAUAUACAUCAACUCUCAGAUAUCUGAAAAAUCACUUUUCCUUCAUUCUGUACCAAUUCAAGCUCAAAGUUUUUCCUCCUCUCUCCCUCCUCUAUUUUCAUCACUUUGAUUUUGUUCACACCACUGUUAACAUUAACCUAGUAUAUACUUCCAAACUCAUAUUAUUCCUGUUUCUGUCCUGGGUAAUUGUUCUUCUGAAUCACCCAUUUGGGCAGUAUUGUCAGCAAACAGCAGCCGAUUCAUUUUCCUUUUGCAAUUUGUAUUCUUAUUUAGCAAACUUGCUUUUCUGUCCAGUUCUCCUGCUUUCAUGUCACUUGAACAACUGUGACAACAUGUUUUCUCUCUGUAAUACACCUACCUGGUACAUCUACUAUGAACCAGUUUUUUUUUUUUUUUUUU